GCUUGUUUAGGAUUGGCCAAAUACGUGCCAACCAAGCCACAUACUGCCACUGCCACUGCCACAGGCGCGUACGUAACCUCCUUAAUUGAGGCACUCAUUUGUUACAUGAUUACACACGCAUCUCCCCCCCCCCUCCCCCCACAAUUUUUUGCCCAGACGCCCAGCGCUAAACACUAA